AUGCCGUGGGGUACCUACUGUUAUAGAGUUAUGCCUUUUAGACUGAAAAAUGCCGAGGCUACAUAUCAGUGGGCCGCAACCACCAUUUUGCACGACAUGAUCCACAAGAAGGUUGAGAUGCAUGUGGACGAUAUGAUUGUCAAGUCUAAAGAGCGAAGAGGUCACUACACCGCACUGGAAAAAUUCUUUGAGUGGAUCAAGGAGUAUAGACUGAGGUUAAACCCACAGAAAAGCACCUUCGGGAAAGGAAAGAAAUUCCAAUGGAAUGAUCAGUGUCAGUUCACUUUCGAGCAGGUUAAGCAGUACCUUCAGAAUCCUCCUGUAUUGUCGCCACCAGAACCGGGGAAACCACUGAUCUUGUAUUUAUCAGUAACAAAUUCAACCAUGGGGUGGAUGCUAGUGCAAGAAUCAGAAGUGAAGGUUAAGGAAGAGAAAAUGAAGGUUUAUCAUCAGGCCCUGGAUGUGUUAAUUUCGAGGUUUAAGAAAUUGACAUUCACGCAUUUGCUCAUAGACAACAACCGAUUUGCUGAUGCAUUGGCAACUUUAUCCUCCAUGGUGGACAUUCCGCUUGGAGUGAAGAUGUGCCCGAUCAUCAUUGAACAAAAGUAUGCACCGGCGUAUGAGACCAUCAUCAUGAUAGAUGAGGUUCAAGACACGAACCCCUUGUAUUACGACAUCUGGAGUUUCCUGGACAAAGAGGCGUACCCACCAGGGUGGGUAGAGACCCAAUCCUAUGCCGUUCUAAAGGCGUCGCAUGUGGCUAAGUACAUCAAGAACAACAUCAUCUGUCAGUAUAAGGUGCCUAACAAGAUCACCUCAGAUAAUGACUCACAUUUCAAGAAAGAGGUGAUAGACCUGCUUGAGAAAUAUAACGUAGCUUUCCGUAAGUCAUCAACGUACAGGCCGCAGACCAAUGGAGCUGUUGAGGCUACAGACAAAAACAUCAAGAGAAUUGUGCAGAAAAUGGUUAAAAUCUGCAAAGACUGGCUGGAGAAACUUCCAUUCGCACUCUGGGGUUACAGAACGUCAAUUCGAACAUCUACAGGAGCAACCCCUUAUUCUCUUGUUCAUGGGAUGGAAGUCAUUUUACCAAUCGAGAUUGAAGUACCGUCGCUAAGAAUUAUGGUUAAGUGUCAGAUAGCAGAGGUGGACUAG